UCGGAGCAAAGUGAAGAAGACGAUGGUGACGACGCCAUUCCGUUGUUACGCCGUCGUAUUGCUUACAGUGAUCUUCUUCAUACAACCUUCAAUCUCCAUCUACUGUGACGAAGAUGAUUGCUACGAUCUACUCGGGGUUUCGCAAAAUUCGAAUUCAUCUGAAAUCAAGAAAGCUUACUACAAGCUCUCGUUGAAACACCAUCCGGAUAAAAACCCAGAUCCCGAAUCGAAAAAAUUGUUUGUAAAAAUUGCAAAUGCCUAUGAGAUCUUAAAAGAUGAAGUUACAAGAGGCCAAUAUGAUUAUGCAAUUGAGCACCCAGAGGAGGUAUUCUAUAAUGCUGCUCGCUAUUAUCAUGCUUACUAUGGACACAAAACGGAUCCUCGUGCUGUUUUGGUGGGGCUUCUUCUAGUCCUCUCAGCAUUUCAAUACCUAAAUCAGUGGACAAGGUAUCAUCAGGCUAUUGACAUGGUCAAGAGGACACCAGCUUACAAAAAUAAGUUGAAGGCAUUGGAACUUGAACGCACCGGAGCAAUGUCAAGCAAAAAGAAGGGUGGUUACAAGAUCGACAAGAAAACACAAGAAGACCUUAGCAAGGAACUUGAACUGCAGAUAAAAGGUGCUGAAAAGCCAUCAAUGUGGGGACUUCUUGGUGUUCGAUUUAUACUCUUGCCCUACACUCUUGGAAAGCUAGUUUUAUGGUAUGGAUCUUGGUAUUGGAGAUACAAGAUUAACCAAACUUCUUAUUCUUGGGAAGAUGCAUCUUACUUGACUAGACGAGCACUUGGGGCGCCUCCUGAUUCAUGGGAAUAUCUUGAUGAGUCGUCGAAGAAAGAUCUCAUCAACCGACGCUUAUGGGUGAAAUCCAACUUAGAAAGCUACCUUUCGGAGAUGCGAAAAGAAUCAAAACGGAGAAGGUAAAUGAACUGGGAAUCGAAGAUCAGAAUCUAAUCACAAAAGAUUAGAGAGAUUAGUUCUACUCAUCAUUUUACAUGAAAAGGUUUUUAUCAAAGUAAUCUCAUAGUCUUCAUAUUAGUAGCUAGUUACUACUCUUAAUUAGUUUUGACAACUUCAUACACAAAUCAAAGUGCAGAAUGAUUUCUUUCAACCCCAGAUUUGUUGGGUUGCUUAUAUUCUCUCCAUCCUACUAAAGAUUACAAAACAUAUUAAUUUCAAUACUUUCUAUUACGAAUUAAAGUUAUGUAUUAGAUCAUUGUCGUC